AUGAAUUCGCUCAUGCAAUCUUCCCUGACUGAGGUCGAGUCGAAGCUCAACACACUUCUCAAACAUCUCACAUCCUCCCCCGGUGCCGCUGGAGCUCCCGCAGCCGCUGUUUCCCUGCUGGAAGCUGACGACAAAUUAACGUCCUCCAUCGAUGUCCUUCGACUCCAUCAAGAAAACUAUGCCAAGAUCCUCCAGCUGCGCACGGAAGCAGAUCGGCUGGAGGAACGCGUCAAGAAUAUCGUGCGAGAUCUGGAAGGGUUCGACAAGGAAAUUAGACUAGCCUGUGGUGAGGACCACGACGGUGCCAGCGACUCGGACACGGAGGACGAGAGCGAGACGGAGAAAACCGGGGCUUCCGCUCGCAAGGAGAUCGAUUAUCGGCUUCUGCUGGAUUUUGCACGACGGAUCAGCAAAUAUAACCAGGAAGCUGCGGCGGACGUCGCAAAGGGCCUUGGUCGCGGCGCUCGUAUUGAGGCGCGACCACAGAUUGCGGACAAGGAUGUGGCCAUGAAGGAGACCAACGGGGAGGCUGGACCUGGUGAUGAAAAUGCGGAGCCCGUGACAGCGGUCACUAAAGAGGCAACACAAUGGCUGGAUGACUCGGCAACCCUGACUCGCGAGGCAAACAUGCUACCAUACCCGACGGAAGAUCGGAUACGCAUGGGUGUCAUGGGGAAGAUGUCCAUUGAGAAUGACGAUCCGGAGAGAGAGUUGGAAAAAUUGCUGCGCGACGCCGAAGGGUUGGGUGUUGCAGAACCGCCCGCGACAGCUCCAGCCACCGAACCGCCAGCCCCCGAGCCCGUGAUGCCUACCGCUCCUCCUGCAGGCCCGUCCGUUCCUUUGCCAGCUCGACCAGUGCCAGUGCCAGCUCCGGCUUCGAAACCGAAACCGAAGGCCACACUUGACCUGGAUCUCUAUGACCCCGAUGAUGAUGACUUCUAG